CAGGUCAACAGCUGAGAGGACAGAACAGUGUGUGAAGGACUCUACAUUCCCCCGAACACACUGAAGCUGCAUCUUCUCUCCUUCCUCUCACCUUCUGUCCCGUCACUGGAUUUGUCUUCUUCUUCGUGUGUUUUGGGACUGAACCAUGGAGCUGUCGGAUAUCUCUUUCCCCAUCCCCGCCGCCGAUGAGUUCUACGACGACCCCUGCUUCAACACCAGCGACAUGCACUUCUUCGAGGACCUGGACCCGCGGCUGGUGCAUGUGGGCCUGCUGAAGCCGGACGACUCCUCCUCUUCGCCCUCACCCUCCCCUUCCUCCUCCUCUUCCUCCUCCCCGUCCUCCCUGCUGCACCUCCAUCACCACGCCGAGGGGGAGGACGACGAGCACGUCCGCGCGCCCAGCGGGCACCACCAGGCGGGCCGCUGCCUGCUCUGGGCCUGCAAGGCCUGCAAGCGGAAGACCACCAACGCGGACCGGCGGAAGGCGGCCACAAUGCGCGAGCGCCGGCGGCUCAGCAAGGUGAACGAUGCGUUCGAGUCCCUGAAGCGCUGCACGUCGGCCAACCCCAACCAGCGGCUGCCCAAAGUGGAGAUCCUGCGCAACGCCAUCAGCUACAUCGAGUCCCUGCAGGCGCUGCUGCGCGGCGGCGGCGGCGGGCAGGACGACAGCUUCUACCCGGUGCUGGAGCACUACAGCGGGGACUCCGACGCCUCCAGCCCCCGCUCCAACUGCUCCGACGGCAUGACGGAUUUUAACGGCUCGACCUGUCAAUCAAACAGAAGAGGAAGUUAUGACAGCUCUUAUUUCUCUGCGACUCCAAACGGUCUGAAGAGUCACCGCAGCUCUGUGGUCUCCAGCCUGGACUGUCUGUCCAGCAUCGUGGAGCGGAUCUCCACCGACAGCAGCCUGUUGCCGGCCGCCGACGGCCCCACACCGACGGCCCCCCCCAGAGAGGCGCCGGCCCCGGGGCCCCCCCAGGCCCCCCCCCAGACCGCCAGCCAGGACCCCAACCUGAUCUAUCAAGUGCUAUAGACCUUCACCGCCCUGUCACACACAGGACAACAUGUUCACUUCAUUUCAAACUGAGUGUUUGAGUCAUUUAAAGUUUCCUUCGUGAGAUGAAGCGUCUGGAAGCUCGGUCCUGCCAGGAAACAGAGCGUGAGUGUGACACACUCUUCAUCUGCACGUGGAGCUUCAGAUGUUAUAGUUACUGAGCAAACUCCACAUGCAGAUGAAGAUCAUGAGAGGAAGUGGAAAGAUCUGGAAAUGAGCUUCGAGUUAACAAAACGUUCAAACCUUCCUUCAGUCUUAAUUCACCAACGUUAAGAGCAACCCCCCCAGAUAUAAACUCAUUACUACAGGACACUCUUUCACGUCAGGAACCACUUUGACUUGUUUUGAAAGAUAUUUGAAAACAUUUUGAGCCGAGAGAGAAAGUGAAACUAAAAGUCCAUCAUUCCUACGCUUCCAUACUUUACAUGUAUCUUCCUGGCAGGAAUCAUCUUCCACACUUAAGCAUAUCAAACCCCAAAUUCUCUUUCCUGCUGUUAAAACAAGUACAUUGUACAUUUAGAUAGAGCCACUUGAAUGCUGGGAAAUGUAGUUUUUUCAACAGGUGGACAGACGAACAGUUCUUGCUGUGUUGUUAUUUAUAUUGUAAAGGCUCAUCUCGAGUCGAGACGGAUUCUUCUUCCUCUCUGUGUAAAAGUGUAUUUGAUGAAGGACGGAGGCCAAAACAAGAUCCAUUUACAUUCCUCCACUUUCGUCCAUCUGAAGUCGUAAAAAGCCCCCGGCUGCCCCUUCCCCCCCAGGAGCAAACAACCACUGCAAUAAUCCAGAUGUUUGCAAAAGAUGUCACAAAAGUGCAGAUUCUGCAGAAACGCUGCAGGAAGAAACAAAGCGGGACUUUUCCAUCAGGGUCGAAGUCGUUUCAGAACUUCCUGUCGAAGUCAAAGGAACGAGUUUUCAUUCGCUGCCGGACCAUUUUUCUGUUUCUGUACAUAUUAUGUAAAUAAGAGCCGAUUUGUUCCAACUGAAAGUAUUAAUUAUGUAUUUAAUGUUUCUGUCUAUGUGCUUUGUUUGUUGUGAAAAUGUUAAACUUUAUAUUUAUACAAAACUGAGUGGCAGUGUCAUGAAAUAAAUGAACCUGCUUAUUUAUACAAA